AUGGCGUACCUUGAUCCUGCUAACCAAAAGUUUGUCGAGUCCCUCGCCGGAGGACAACCUCUGUACGAGAAAUCGUUCGUGGAUGCUAGACAGGUUCUCGAAGACAUCCAGGGUUUCAAACCCGCACCAGAUGUAUCGCAAGAGCGGGUUUCCAUCGAGGCCAAUGGCGCACCUGUCGAAACGGUCAUUUUCCGCCCGGCCCAGGCCACAGGAACCCUGAAUAUGAUUUUCUAUACACAUGGUGGUGGAUGGAUCUUGGGGAGCCCAUCUGUUCAUGGGACCCUGAUGGAGGACUUUGUCCGAAAGACUGGCGCCGCGGUGGUCUUCCCAUACUACACCCCUGCCCCAGAAGCGCAAUACCCGACCCAAUUCGAGCAGUCAUAUGGAGUGCUGGAACAUGUCGUUAAGAAUGGGGACAAGUAUAAGCUCAAGACUGAUAAGUUUGGCCUUGCCGGGGACAGUGUUGGAGGAAAUAUGGCCAUUGCCAUGACGCAACUUGCAAUAACUCGGGGUCUCCCGGCCCAGAUUGGCCAGCUCGUUCUGUUUUAUCCAGUCACCAAUACGCACACCAAGUCUGCUACAUAUCAGGAAUUUAAGGACGGCCCCUACCUGACGGAAAAGACCAUGGACUGGAUGAUCGGUGCCUUUCUUCCUACUGUGGCCGAUCGUUCCAGCGCCCUUGCUUCGCCGCUAGAAUUUGCCCCGGACGAGGCAUUUGGUCAACGCCUGCAGAAACUCGGUGUCGAUGCUGCAACUCUCAAAGCAGAAGGUUGCAUUCACGAUUUUGUUCUCCUCGAGCCAAUUCGCAACACAGCUACGCCACGGGCUGUCACUGAGCUCGCUAGCUUCAAACUACUCAAGGCUUUUGCCAACAAGUGA